AUGUCUCUAUCACCAGCGACAGCGUCAGUCUCGCGCAGACUGUCUUCCUCUCACCGCUUGUCACGUGGUUUCGUCACUUCAAUUGCCUCUUCUUCAACGUCGACCGGUGAUCUUGCUUCAGCUGCCGUCCGAGACUAUGCGGAGAAACAGCAUCCAUCAGAUAUCAGCAAGCCCAGCAGAAGAUCGGGGCCCUCCGCAUAUAGCACUUCGAGAUCAUUGGUAUACCAGGCCGACAAAGAUCUAACAGUGGAUUUAAAUAAGGCUAGAUCACAUAAUGAGUACAAGCGUAGAUUUCGAUCCGGAGCUCCUUCACUGAGCAUUUCGGCCGCUACAAAGGACGACUUGCCACAGCGAGGCAGAACCAAAGGGGCUAAACAGCCUGACCUUGAUCUUGCUUCACAUCAAAAUCACGCUGUGAGACAACACGAUCGAAGGCACAAAGCAAUACCGCCCGAUGGAGCCAACAAACUGUUGUUAGAUGUCAACGAGAACGAGAUCGAAGAGGUACUUCGAGACAAGCAUCCUCAUGAUAAUAGAAGUGAAGAUAAAAAAUGGAGCCAGAGUGAUUCUGGGGUAAUCUCUGCUCGGAAGGUUAUAAUCAAUGAGGUCAAACCCCCUCGAGAGAUGAAGAUUGCCCGGCUUCGCCGAUCACUAGGCAGAGUCUUGUUUAGCCCUGGUGUCCUGCCGCUGCGUGAUGUACGAACUGGUGUCUGGAAUUUUGAACCCAGCCUACACGACAUUCCUCAGCCCGAAAAAUUCGCUUUUAAUCGAUGUCCGCCUUACAUUACGCCAUCUCAAGAUGAGGAACUUCUCGAGUUGGCUAAACAUCAUGAAUGUCGAUUCAUAGGGUCGACUUCCACCUUGACCAAGGCAUUGAGUCAAAUCUACUUUGCCAUCAGCGGUGGUAAGGGUGUCGACCUUUCUCCGUUGAGUCAGGAUUUCGCGUCCGAAGUAAAUUCCCUUCUCAUGCGAUCUCAGCUGGACUGUUACGAUCCCCGCUUGCCAGGAAAUGGUGUUUUUGAUAUUAAGACCAGAGCAUGCUUGCCUAUCCGUCAUGAUCGGGCCAACUAUCUGGCCAAUUCCGAUUACGAUAUUUGGAGAGAACGUGGAUAUACGCAAUCGUACGAACGAGAGUAUUACGAUUUGCUGCGUGCUGGAAUGUUGAACCUUCAAGUUCGAAUCGGUGGAAUGGAUGGAAUCUUCUUAGCUUAUCACAACACGUCGCGCCUUUUUGGUUUUCAGUAUAUCUCGUUAACUGAAAUUGAUCAACGGAUAUUCGGCUCAACCGAGAUGGCCAACCAAGCGUUCAAGCUGUCAGUCUCACUCCUCGAGGAAUUGCUUCAUCGAUGCGUGGCUGCGUUCCCAGAUCAGGCGGUCAAUGUUAUCUUGAAGCAUUCACCAGCUACUCAUGCAAAUAGCGUCACAGCAUAUGUCGAACCCAAAGAAUGGGACGCUGCAGACAAGCCACGCCCAGUGCAAGCUAUCACAUUGACAAUGGAGAACCUGCUUGAUGAUGAGGUCGCGCGCGGUCCAGUGGGAUUCUCAGUAGAUGACAAUGUUAGACAAAACCAGAAUUGGACCGUGAGAUAUGCCUUGUCUACAAGCAGCAUGGACGAAGAAGGACAGGUGAAGGCCCGUAAGGGGCUGCAUAGACUACAGCAGGACUUGCUCGCCAUGAAUAGUCUCUCUGUUCCGGCUGGCCAGUCUGUCAAAAGCAUGGCUCGACGCGAUCAGAUCACGCGGCGGGAGGAGCAAAUCGCUCAACGGAAUGAAAAGCAACAUCAGGAGGAGCACCCUUCGGAUGAACCGAGUUCGUCAUCAGAUUCAGUCGCCAAUGCCCAGUUCUUCACCAAAAUAAAAUGGCGGGAGCCUGGACCUCGCCAGAUACUAUUACGGGAAGAGGCCAAAGAAAGCGGCAGAGCCUAUGAAAAGCGGAAGAGGACGUGGAAGAAGGGAAAAUAUGCUUGGGCAUCAUGA